CGUUGAUUCGGAAAACGGCGAUGAGUGGGGUUCACGAUUUGCUUCCUCCAUUCGGAAAUGCGACCGUGUCACGUCCUAGUCUGUUGGUGGGAUGAUUGGUUAGGUGGGUGAGAGGGGGGAUUUGCGGGCUUUUAACAUUGCACAUCUACCGUUCUUCUCGUUGUAAAGGUGCCUCUUCCGAUCCUCCUUUUUACGCCGCUUUGCUCUGCGUCCAGAGUGGUGUUAGCGUCGGAGAAGCUGUUUAUGCAGCAUUAAGCGUUACUGGGACAGUUUUCCAUUUUCUGGUUCGUAAAGGUGUCUCCCUUCUUUGAGAGAGAAAAGCAGAGCCUUUUCUACUCACUCAUUAUUCGGCUCAGCGUGAAAUGGUGUCACCAGGUGGUGCUGGUAUUGCCAUUUGCCCCCUCCCCCCCUUUGUGCUUCUAUGGCAUUUGAGGGUCUCUACUAAGGAUUCGCUGUUUGCGGGCUUUUGUUUAUUUUUUCAUGUGAAUAUAUAUUGUUCGAAUUAAGAUUUAUGUGUAAUGUUGUAAUCACAUCGUGGAGAUCCUCAUACGGCGGACAUUACAACCACUGUCUAUUUCCAUGGAUUUAAAAAAGUUGAGCAUUGAAGAAGAGUUGGAUGACUUGAUAACAAGUAUUCAACAUUUGCCGUGGACGAAAUUCAUAGGAUUGAUCAUCGUUUAGAAAAGAAUCCAGCCAGCUGGAGGAUGAGCCUUCUAUACUUCCUCAACACUAUCAAAAUCUGGAUCAUCAUCAGCAUUUUAAAGACCAUAAGUUUUCUCCAAUAUCCUUCUCUACAGACACAGAAAGUCCGCAGUUUGUGAUGUCAUAUAACAAGACUGCUGAGAGGAGACCUGAUGAUCUAAUUGAGAUGAUGACCUGCACAGUUAAACCUUCGGUGGACUUUGUGAUUGAUUCUCGCAAUUCAUUACAUGGUCCAGCAACCAAUCAUGUUUCAAGAAUUGAUUAUGGAACAAUGGCCAAUGAUGAUAGUAAUAAGAAACCAAGCCCUGCUAACACGAGUGUGCAGAGUGCUGAGAGUGAUUUUGCAGUUGAUCAGAAGCAGCAAAGUCAAUCAUGGACACCUAUUUCUGGAAGUAUAUCUGCAAACGAAAAUCACAAGAACUCUGAUAGUCAUUCAACACGUAGUACUGUAACGCCUCCUGAUUAUGCAUUUCUUCAGGUAUCUGACAGUGAUACACAGACACAAUCAAUCAAAGUACAACAACCAUUGAAGCAACAACCUAAACUGCUCAACAAGAAAGAGAGUGCAGCUAAAGAAGACGUCAGGAUUGUAGACGACAAUUGCUCUCCAACUUCUGCACAUAUCACUUCAAGUAGCAACAUGUCUCACACUGACAAGAAAGUUGAUGCCAAUCCAACUUCUGCAUCAGCAGCUAUGAAGGAGGCAAUGAAUUUUGCUGAAGCUAGGUUAAAGGCUGCAAAAGCAUUGUUAGAGGGAAAAGGUGACAGUUUUAAAUUGCGGAAGAAGCCAAGUCAUCUUAAAAGCACAAGGUCUACAGAAAUCAAGUCUCCUAUUUCUGUAGAGGCCGAUACUUCUGAACAAAAACUAUGGGUGAAAAAGUCAUCGGAAGAAGAAAAGAACCCUGACGAUUCUUUGUCUGACAAGCACAAAAAGCUGACUGCAGUCAGAUUAGAUCAUUUUGAUGACAAUGGAAAAAAGGUACUUCCAUUGGAGAAGCCUGAGCAUAUGGUGCAACACUGCACUGAAUCCUGUCAAACUUCCAGUAAACUACAAAAACUAGGCAACUGGAAGUCAGGUAAUGACUUUUUUGAGCUAACCCGAGAUGAUCAGAAAUGCAAAAAUGAUGAAGCCACAGAGGGAGGUGAUAAAUGUGAGCAAAUGAAUCCUAUUACUAGUGUCAUCAAUGAUCACAAUGAAAUUGAAUUCAAUGCAGCAGGCUCUGACUUGGACAGGUAUGAAAAACUAUGGGAGGUUAAUGAUGGCAGGAGUGUGGGGGUGAAACCUGUAAAUCUGAGAGAGAACAAGACAGCUCCCGUGGACAAAGAUAGUGUGUCUGUGAUUUUAGAAUCUUCUACAGAAAAUAAGGCACACCAAAAGACUCACAACUCAAUUGGUGAGGGACUUGUAACACUGAAAAAUGCUAAGGAAAGCCAUGGUACUGAUAAGUGCUUUGAGCUUCCUUCUAUGAGUGGAGCCUCCACAAAGCUGGAUGUCUUCAAGGAUGUGUCAGGUUCAUUUCCGGAGGCUCGCUCAUCAGUAAAUGCCAGCGAUCUUGGAGACCAUGGUAAUAUUAGUCCAAACUUAAGUCCAUUAGCAGGAACAUCACAAGAGGACACAACCAGUAAACUGGUAUCAGAAGUAUCUUGCGAUGGUGGGAUGCAACACACUUCUCGUAGUAAUGAAAAGCUACAGGAAUCCUCAGAUGUAUCUGAUGUUGCUAUUUCCCAGGGAAGUAACAUUAAAUCAUUCAUUUUAGAAGAACUUAAAGAAUCUGAUGUAUGUGAUGCUUUCAUGAGGGGACCUAAUGGAAAAGGGCAGGAAGCUGAAAAUUAUGGAAGAGAAAAAUUCAGCUUUAUUGAUGGAUCACUCUUGCUGCGACCACACUUCCAUAACAAAGGUGCUAAGAUGAAUGUAAUCUCUGAGGAAGUACAGAAAGUCAAAAAUGAGGAGAAACUUGGUCCGUGUACACACCCCGAAGUAACAAUUGUGGAUCUGGAUGGUGAUUGUCCUAAAGAUUUGAAUGAUGUUAUUCUACAAAAUGAUGACUUUGCAGACCCAGAAGAAUCAAACAUGCCUAAUGUAUUUGAGGUAGCUAGCAAGUUGAUUAAAAGAGAUCUGGAUCAAGAAAUGCAUGGGUCAUUAGGACAUGGUGAAGAGGAGAAUAUGGAAGAAGGAACAGAUGUACAUCUUUGUGAUAUUAAUGGCAAAGAAGUAGAUGAAACCUUGUUAGAAAAUAGUGUGUGUACAGAUACUGAAGAAGGAUGUGCUCAUUGUAACCAGGAAGACCAGAAUUCAUCUGACAGCACCAACAGAGGAAAAAGUGAUGUAGAUAACAUGUGUUAUACAUCUUGUGACGAGGUUAGGUCUGAAUCAUUUUCAGGCGAUGAAGUUGUUAUCAAAACUACAAUUGAUAGCACUGCCAGAACAUUUGUUAAUUUGAAAGAUGAGCAGGUUUUGUCUUCAGAAAUGUAUACCCGCAUGCAGCACUCAAUGCAAAAAGAUGGUACUGCUGCUUUUCAGACAUCUGGGGGUGUUCCUGGUCUUGAAGAAAUCGGGGAUGUUUCCAACAGAGGAGGAAGAGAAUUAUCAACAGAAAGGUCUACAUGUGAAGAUCAUGGCAACGCAAUCAUAAUGGAAGAAAAAGACACUACAACAAGGAUAUCAAAGGCAGAGCAUGCAUCAUCUCCCUUGGAGACGAUGUGUGGUGUAACUAAAUCUGCUGAAGCUCCCACAACAGUUCCUACUGUGACACGGAAAAAAGAGGUACAUGGAGUUCAGAGGACCAAAGAGAGGGAGAACAUGACAACAGCAGAUAGUGCAUGUGAAAAGGACAAAGGGUCUUCUCAAAGAGUACAGGAGGAAAACGAAAGUGAAAGGAGAUUGGAGAAAGAAAGAGAAGUUGAAGAGAAGGAAAGAAGGAAAUUGGAGAAAGAAAGAGAACUUGCCGAAGAGAAGGAAAGAAGGAAAUUUGAGAAAGAAAGAGAACUUGCCGAAGAGAAGGAAAGAAGAAAAAUGGAGAAAGAAAAAGAACAUGCCGAAGAGAAGGAAAGAAGUAAAUUGGAGAAAGAAAAAGAACUUGCUGAAGAGAAGGAAAGACAUAAAUUGAAGAAAGAGAGAGAACUUGCUGAAGAGAAGGAAAGAAGAAGAUUAGAAGAGGCGGAAAGGGAGAGGGAGCGUAAAAAGGAUAGACUUGCUGUUGAAAGAGCGACAAGAGAAGCACAUGAGAGAGCAUUUGCCGAAGCUCGUGAAAAGGCAGAAAAAAUGGCUUUGGAAAGAAUUAAUGCUGCACGGCAGCGGGCAUCUGCAGAGGCCCGAGAGAAAGAAGAUAGAGCAAGUGUCGAACCAGCUGCUGAAAGGGCUACUAGAGAAGCUAGGAUAAAAGCAGAACGUGCGGCAGUCGAGCGAGCAACUGCUGAAGCUCGGGAGCGGGCAAUAGAAAAGGCAAAGGCUGAGAAGGCUCUUGCAGAGGCAAGAGAGCGGAGGGAACGAUACAAAUCCUCUUUCAAGGAGAGUUUUAAGUCCACCAAUCAGGAUAUUCGACAGGAGUCACAGUUUCAUAGGGCAACUUCUAGUAAUUUCAUCCGAAACCCAGAUUCCAGCAACAGAGCAAUGGUUGAGGUUGAGUCCGCUUUAAGACAUAAAGCAAGAUUAGAGAGGCAUCAACGCACAGCUGAGCGUGUGACAAAAGCUCUUGCCGAGAAGAACACGCGGGACCUGCUGGCUCAAAGAGAGCAAGCAGAGAAACAUAGGCUGUCUGAAUUCCUGGAUCCUGAGAUCAAGAGAUGGUCAAAUGGAAAGGAAGGAAAUCUGAGGGCCCUGCUAUCCACAUUGCAAUAUAUUCUUGGUGCCGAUAGUGGCUGGCAACCGGUGCCACUAACAGAUCUCAUUACAGCGGUUGCUGUGAAGAAAGCUUACAGGAAGGCAACCCUAUGUGUCCAUCCAGAUAAACUACAGCAGAGGGGCGCUACGAUCAGACAGAAAUACAUAUGUGAGAAGGUUUUUGAUCUUCUUAAGGAUGCUUGGAACAAAUUCACUUCGGAGGAGCGCUAGGGUGGCGGGGGUGCUAGAGCGGCCGUUUAUUUUGAGGCAGGCGAUUCGUAUAUUUUCUAUAGCGACGUCGUCAGUUUCUUGAUUCAAAACUGAUUGUAAAUAUGCAGUUGUAGCCCUAGAUAUCCGUGUCAGAAACACAGCGCAGAUGAUGCUGGUUAGUACCUUAUCUCAGAAUCAGUUCAGCAAAAAGA